UUAAAUGCUAAGUGAAAGCCUACCCAGGUAUCGGGAAGGGGUCACAGGCGGAGGUGCGGGGCGCCUGGAGCUCGGGAGUCUGCAUGCGGUGCGAGGGUCUGCGUCGGAAGCCGCCCACAGGAGCUCCCAGCUAAGGGCAGAUUGUGGGGGUCCCUCAAGUUGAAAGACGGGUGGAAACUACGCGAGCGUGAGUCAGCGCUGCCCCGGGGGCCCUCCGCCCCUUGAAGGUGGGUCGUAUACCGGGAGCCGAGUAGAGUAGGCCAGGAGAAACUGGGCCAGGCUGCACUCUUAGCUCGAGGGGCCUCGAGGACUCUUCGCGUCCCUGGAGACAAGGGCACUACACACACUUCAUAAUGAAGAGUUGCGGGAGCAUGCUGGGCCUCAGGGGGCUGCGGCUCCCCCCGGCGGGGAUCCUGCUCCUGUUGCCGUUCCUGCAGCCGCGGCUGCUGCCCGCGGCUCCCGCGCCCCAUCGCGCUUCCUACAAACCGGUCAUCGUGGUGCACGGUCUCUUUGACAGCUCAUACAGCUUCCGCCACCUGCUGGAAUACAUCAACGAGACACACCCUGGGACUGUGGUGACAGUGCUCGAUCUCUUCGAUGGGAGAGAGAGCUUGCGACCCUUGUGGGAACAGGUGCAAGGGUUCGGAGAGGCUGUGGCCCCCAUCAUGGCAAAGGCCCCCGAAGGGGUGCAUCUCAUCUGCUACUCGCAGGGGGGCCUGGUGUGCCGGGCACUGCUCUCCGUCAUGGAUGAGCACAAUGUGGAUUCUUUCAUCUCUCUCUCCUCUCCACAAAUGGGACAGUAUGGCGAUACGGACUAUUUGAAGUGGCUCUUCCCUACCUCCAUGAGGUCUAACCUCUACCGGAUCUGCUAUAGCCCUUGGGGCCAGGAAUUCUCCAUCUGCAACUACUGGCACGACCCCCACCAUGAUGACUUGUACCUGAAUGCCAGCAGCUUCCUGGCCCUGAUCAAUGGCGAAAGAGAUCAUCCCAACGCCACUGCAUGGAGGAAGAACUUUCUUCGUGUGGGCCGUCUGGUGCUGAUUGGGGGCCCUGAUGAUGGUGUUAUUACCCCCUGGCAGUCUAGCUUCUUUGGUUUCUAUGACGCAAAUGAGACGGUCUUGGAGAUGGAGGAGCAACCGGUUUAUCUGCGGGAUUCUUUUGGGUUGAAGACUCUCUUGGCCCGGGGAGCCAUAGUGAGGUGUCCGAUGGCUGGGAUCUCCCACACGGCCUGGCACUCCAACCGUACCCUUUAUGAGGCCUGCAUUGAACCCUGGCUCUCCUGAGGAUGUCCUCAGGGAUCCCCCAGGAACUCCCCAGCCCAGAGACCAAGCAGUGGCCUUGGAAAGCAGAUGUCAGGCUCCGGUGUGCCUGUGACCACCCCAUUGCUCCCACACUGCCCGCACCAACCAGGGCUCCCAGAACCCCUUCCUCUUCUCCUCUGUGAAUGACCUCAUGUCUGGGGUUUGCUCCGUGCUCUCUCACCCUCCCAAGGCCGAGGCUGGGAAGAGAGAAACCAGGUUUUGAACUUGCAGCUACUCUGCUGCUCCUCGGUCUCGGGCUGCACCGGAGGAGAACCCGACCCCUGCCCGCUGCGGGGGUCUCCUUCCAGGCCACUCAGGUCAUUUUUAGCUUCUGUUCUCCCCAUGUUCCCUUUUCCUCAGCCCUCCCAACUCCCAGGAAGGACUACCCAUGAGAGUGGGAUUCUGAGGCUCCCCUAUGGGGACAGUUCUGUUCUUGAAAUGUCAGUGUUGGGGAUUAUCUAUGGCCUGUGAGGCCCAUCUCAGGUUUGGGGAUCCCCCCAGUCCCUAUGUUCAGUGUUGGGGUACCCCCUGGGAGCCUAGUUUCUUUGAGGCCCCAGCCCCUCUUUUAGCUGCCAUUGAAUGGGUGUUAACCCUGUAUUAAUGGAAAUAAAGUUCCAUUUCCUCA